AUGGUUUUAGCCGCCAGCAGCUCCUACUUCGAGAACCUUUUUAUAUCCAAUCCCUGCACACAUCCCAUAAUUAUCCUCAAAGACGUUAGUUUUUCAGACUUGCAGUCUGUUAUUGAUUUCAUAUAUACCGGUGAAGUGAACGUACCUCAGGACCAGUUGAGUUCACUUCUUAAAACUGCGGAAACGCUUAGAAUUAAGGGUCUCACAGAAGUGGCCGACAAGGAGUCAAGGAGUGAACAUUCAGUGCAAUCGAUGGCAACGAGGACUAGAAGAAGAAAACGAAAGCGAAAUAAAUCACAAAACAAUGAAAAUAACUCGAGACUUGAAUGUGCAAUCGAUGGCUCGUUAGCCACACCUGACCAUCAAUUAGAACUAGAAGAUGGCGAAGACAAUGGCUAUACCAUUGAUAACCAUUUAAGAGUUGGACUCAAUAAUAAUUGUUCGACGCCUCAGACCAUCGAAGUGAAUUAUAGUAAUAAUUGCAAUGUUAGGGGUGAGAGACAAAAGAUGACCACAAAUAUCGAUACAAUUACUGUCAACAAAGACAAAGAAUUGACUUUAAAUUUAGAAGACAUCGAACCGACAACACUUUUGGAACAAUCCAUGUCUACACCAGAAAACUCGAGACUUGAAUGUGCAAUCGAUGGCUCGUUAGCCACACCCGACCAUCAAUUAGAACUAGAAGAUGGCGAAGACAAUGGCUAUACCAUUGAUAACCAUUUAAGAGUUGGACUCAAUAAUAAUUGUUCGACGCCUCAGACCAUCGAAGAAUACGAGCAGUUAUUGUCUCAAAUUCAGUCGAAGAAUUUGACCACAUGUCCGGUGUGUUCGAAAGCAUUCAUCAAGAAGUCUAAGCUGAUCCGUCACUAUCACACACACUUCAGUAACUUUAGACCCAAGUUCUCGUGUGGCUGUUGUGGCAAACUAUUCACAACACAAGACUGGUGUAAAAGGCAUGCAUUGAACUGUCAGAGCAAAGUGUCUGCCGUUGGAUUCGUUUAAUUCAUACGAUUCUAUGAGUUAUAGUAAUUAUUUAUUCGUAUUAAUGAUUGUCUUAUGUUUGUUAUACUCAUCGCUUGGAAUCAAUGUAUUACUAUUAGACAAAUCCAAAACUAACCAAACUUAUAUUACUCGCAUUUCUAUUCUACUUAAAGUAAACUUAAUAUCGUAUCGUAGUCUAUUGAAAUGUUUAACUUAAUUUUAAUAGGAAUUAAUUAUAAUGGCAUAAUGACCAAGUUCGUAAUAUGCCUUUUAACUUGUAUGAAAUGAACUACCGUAC